AUGUUGCAUUCAGAGACUCCUCGUGUGUUCCUGUUUUGCGGAGAAGGGGCCCACAGCGAAGAGACCGACAUCGCUCUCUUGAAAUCCUGUGGAUCCUGGUCUGUUGUGGAAGAUGCCCUGCAGCAGUUGGGCUUGGGGGAAAAAUUGGAGCCUUUCCUACUGCAGAACCUCGGCCGGCACAAUGCGCCCACAUCUCCCGUGGUAUCCGUUGUGCUCAACAUUCUCAAUGCGGAUCUGUGGCGGCGGUGGGGUGAGGUGCCGUCCCUGGUGCUUGGCCACUCCGUGGGUGAGAUCGCUGCGGCCUACGCUGCGGGCAUUUUCACGGUGGCCGAGGCCCUUGGCUGUGCUCAUGGCCUGGGCCUUGCCAUGCAGAACCUGCCGGGCGCCAUGCUGCAUGUUGAGCUGCAGCGGAAGUCCCUGGAAUGCUUGGAGGACGGAUUCCAUGUGGCAGCCCUGAACUAUGUAGUGUCAAAAGGAGCCACUGAGGAAGAGGAUUUGCUCAGCGUCACGCUCUGCACUCGAGGCUCAACGGAAGCAUAUUUGGAGAAGGACCCUAGCGCUACGCUUCUCAAGCCGCAGCAUGCCUGGCACCAUCCAGCCUGUGAGCUCCCCAUGUCUUUUAACCCUCCACUGGGUGGCCGCGCCUCCGUGCCUUUCAUCAGCGCGGUGACCGGGACACGCCUGGAGGAGCUGCCCCCGGACCACUGGCAGCGCUGGCUGCGCUGCCCGGUCAACUUGGCGUCGGCGUUGCAGAAUGCCAGGGAGCUGGGGCAGCUGGUGGUACUGGAGAUGGGGCCCCAUCCAGUGCUGUACCAGGCCGCGAAGGCCAGCUUUGAUCUGGCUGGCUAUGCUUGCUCCAUGCGCCGUGGAGAGAAGCAAGGGUCCCUCCUAUCGAGGCAACGAUCAUCGCUGCCUGGCUUCCGAGCUCAUCUAAGUUCCCAGCUGCAUUGCCUGUUGGAUUCUGAGGGCAUUUGCUUCGAAACGAGCUUUGCGGAUCAAGGCAUUGCAUCCCAGAAGUUGGUGCCUUUGGCUCACAAGCUGGCCAAAAUCUUUCCAACUCUGGCACCCCACGAUUUGUACCGCUUCGACUCCGUGCAAAAGCUGAUUGAUUUGUGGGAUGAAGAAAGCUCAGGGAGUUCAAGCCGUGGUGAAAAACCGCCUGCCAACGCUUUGGACAUUCUGGCCUGUGGAGUGCGCUUACCUGCAGGAGUGGAAUCUCCAGGCACCUUUUGGGCUCUUCUGGACCAGGACGACCAGGACAGUGCGUUCAGCUGCAGGGAUGGGCUGACUGCGGCCUUCCUGCAGCCGCAGUUUGAUCACAAAGCCGCUGUGGCUGCAGCGGAAGAAUCCGGGGUGGAAGGUGCUGAGGCGGCUGCCAUGGAUCCCCAGCACGCCCUGGCUUUGAAGCUGGCCCGUGACAUGUUCCAAGAUGCGGGAGAAGAAACCCUCAAGGCUGUUCAAAGAGUGCGGGAGCGUGUGGGUGUCUACAUUGGGGCCUGGCAGGGAGUGGCCAACUCAGGCAAACCCUCAGCCUACCAUGCCAUAGGUGCUUCCCUGAGCGCACUGGCAGCUCGCGUGGCCAAUGCCUAUGACUUGCAGGGUCCUGCAGUCACUGUGAACACUGCCUGCUCUUCUGCAUUGGUGGCUGUGAAUGAAGCACUGAAGGAUGCCAAGGCAGGACGCAUUGACUUCGCCAUCGUUGGGGGGGUGAAUUUGUUUGGUGAUGAACAGCUCUUCCAUCACCUGCGACGUGCUUCGAUGCUGAGCCCUUCUGGACGCUGUCACACCUUUUCGGCAGAGGCUGAUGGUUACGUACGCGCAGAAGGUGGUGUGCUCUUCCUGCUGGCACGGGAGGCCUUGGAGCUGCCCUCACAUGGAAGAAUCUUGGGCUCUGCCGUGACCCAGAACUCCAGGAGGAAGCCAUUGUCCUCAGUGGACCCCAUCGCCCAGGAGCACGCUGUCCAUUUAGCUUGCUCCGAUGCAGGCAUCAAGCCUUCGGAGCUGACAGUCGUCGAGCUACAUGGCACUGGAACACCCUUGGGUGACCCAGUGGAGGUUUCAGCUUUGGCAAGGACACUUCGCGAACGCUCAGAAGCGUGCUGGAUGACAGCGGCAAAGAUGCACGUUGGACACUUGGAAUCAGCGGCCGGAGCCGUGGGACUGCUGAAGGCGAUGCUGAUGUGCGAACAAGGGAAAGUACCGGCAUUCCGCAUCGACGGCAAGGGGUUGAACCCCCAAGUCAUGGCUGCCAUGGAGGGCUCCUGCCUCUGCAGGCCUGGACAGCCUGGAGUUUUGAUCGCGGAUGCCAUGCUGGGCGUCUCAAGCUUUGGCUUUGCGGGCAGCAAUGCCCAUGUGGUGAUGACAGCUCCCAAAGGCUCCCCUGCAGCCAAGUACGAGAGCCCCUUCACAGCCACCCUCUCGAAGCCCUCCCAGAUUCCAUUACCAGAGCUGUCAACCACGUUUUCACCGAGGGGUUCGAUAUCAGAAACCUUCUGCCUCACAUCGCUUCCAAAGCAAAAAGAUGGAGAUGGAGGAGAUCAAGAUGUGGAGGAUGUGAGUGUAAGCCGCUUGAGCUUUGUGAGCAGUGCAGUGCUGUCUAUUGUGGGAGGUGAAUCAGAUGUGGAUACCGAUGCAGACCUCCAUGAAUUGGGGGUGGACUCUUUAGGAUUGGCAGAGCUGCUGGGGCUUUUGGAGGACAAGUUUGGCCCUGGCUGCAUCACCGUUGAGAGGAUCAUGAAUGAGCCAACCUGCCGGGCCAUUGCUUGCAACUUGGAAGGCUUCGAAGCUGUUCCCUCCAUACAAGCACAACAUCCUCAGGCUCCGGUGGUGCCAGCUGUCAUGCCACUGAAACCGAUAGUGGAGGUUACUUCAGCGCCAACGGCAGCUUUGUUGGCUGCACCACUGGGUGAAAAGCCGGAUCCCAGCUGUGCCUGGAUUCGCACGACGCACGUGGGCUCGCUGCCGCGCCCAGCCGAUGGGAUUUUGGAUUUGAAUCAGGUGAUCGCUCAGCAGGGAUGUUUGGACAUCAUCAACGAUGGCGAGUGGGGCAGGGAGAAUUAUAUUGCUGACGUGAUCAACAGGAUCUCUGGUUUGAGUGGCGGUGAUGGUGCUGCCAGUGCUGCUCCUAAAGAUGCUUGCUGUACCAAGCAUGCCAUGCCAGUUGCAGCUGACAUGCGUGACGUGCCGUUGUACGCUCAGCGUUUCUCUGGGGGAAAUGGGCUUAUCACCUUGAACCCCAAGAGAGAAGCAGUGAGUGGCCUGGCGUGCGUGGCUCAUCCCAAGUACAGCCCUGCAGACAUCCCCAACGUGAAGGCAUUCUUGACAGCGGUGAAGGCAGCAGGCAAGAACGUUUCUGAUUGCUUCUACUCCGUGCCCUCUCCUGGAACGAUGGCGCUCUUCUGCCGUGAUCUCGUCUUCCACGACCACAGCACCUAUGUCAUGGCGUUGGCUGAUGCCCUCUCCCAAGAAUAUCAGCAGAUUGCGAAGCAUGGUCUGCUCCUACAGGUGGACUGUCCCGACUUGGGCAUGGGCCGCCACACCAGGUGGUCGGAUCUCAGUGAGGCGGAGUUUCUGGACGUGGCGCGCUGCAACGUGGCGGCCUUGAACCGGGCACUGCAGGAGGUUCCAGUGGAGCAGGUGCGUGUGCACGUCUGCUGGGGGAACUAUGCAGGGCCUCAUCACCAGGAUAUCUCUGCGGAGCACGUGUGGCCGCUGCUCGGAGAGGUGAAGGCCAAGUACUUGUUGGUGGAGGGCGCCAAUCCUCGUCACCGUAGAGAUGUGCAAUGCUUCGAAAUGGCGGUGCAGAAGGGUUACUUCAAGAGCCACCAGGUCAUCGUUCCGGGGCUCAUCGACACCACCACGGCACGUGUGGAAGAUCCGCGGCUCAUCGCGGAGGACCUGCUGCGCUACGUGCGCGCGGCCGGCCAUCCGGGCCGCGUCGUGGCGUCCACGGACUGCGGCUUCGCGUCCACGGCCAGGUCCACGGCCAUUACGGCGGACUUGGCUUGGAUGAAGCUUCGAAGCUUGGCGGAGGGCGCUCAGCUGGCCACCCGUCACUUCCUCCAGCAGUCUGCGCCGGUGCCGUGUCGCAGCGUGGGCCUCGCCAGCACGCCCUUUCGGGCCGUGAUCUUCACCUCGGAGGAGGAGCCCGCAACUUUGGAUUGCGCCCUCCAGCUUCGCGCAGCCCUGGACGGCGACCACCCGCGGCACAAGACCCUGAUUUUCUCCUCUGCGUCUGCGGCCUGUGAUGAGCUUCGGUGGAUGGUGGAUGUACCGUUGGCCUUUGUUAUGCUCGGAGAAGGAUCCAAGCAGCUGGCACAGGCAGUGCAAACUCAGCUGCACGAUGCUCCGGUCUCUCGACGCCCUGUCACCAUGCACUGCUUCAGCAUCGCUGGGGAUGUCAUUUCCAUGGCGGAAGAGGUACGCCGUGAAGCGAUGGCCCAGACCAGUUUCGACAGACGAAGCUUGGUGAUCCCCAGAUCCAACGUACCAUCUGCAGUGGAUGUGGUGGUGAUUGGUGCGGGGCUAUUGGGGAUGCUCACCGCCCACCGUUGCACUUCCGCAGGGUUCAGCGUGGCCGUCUUGGAGCAACGUCCUGUGGUGGGAGGGAUUUGGUCCAUGUAUGCCAACGGCACCUCACAGGUCAACAGCUCGGAAGGUGGCUACUGCAUUAAGGAUUUGCUUGGGGAGGAAGAUGGCAAAGCUGGGGACAACCGGGACCACAGCACGGCUGCCGAAGUGUUGAAGGAUUUGGCCAAGCUUGGUGAUCGCCUGAAAGAGCACAUUUUCACUUCUGUCAAGGUGAUGAAGGUCCUGGGUGAAGGAGGCAACUACACUGUGCUUUUCGAUGAUGAGUUGGUGCGAAGUGCCGGGAUUGUGCAGUGCCGCGGCGUGGUGCUGUGCAUCAACGAUCGCGUUGGGCUGCCCCGACCUUUGUGCGUUCCCGGGCAAGAAAGCUUCAUGGGAGUGAUGGCUGAUGGCACCUCAGAUUCCUUGGCAGGCAUCAACUGGCAUGGCAAGCGGGUGGUGAUUGCCGGCAUGGGCGCCUUUGCUGUCGAGAAUGUGCGAACCGCCUUGGAGCACGGUGCGGCACAGGUCAUCGUGGUUGCUCGCCGUCAUGGCACCAUUUGCCCCAAGGCAAUUGACUACUUGAACUUCGUCAAGCCGUGGGACGAGAAAUACAAGCACGACACCCAGACCAACGUCAAGCAGUUCUUGCGAUGGAAGCAGCUCUAUGAAGCAUCUGGCUGCCAGUUGCCGGAAUGCUGGCCGAAACAGGUGAAGCACGACGGCCACACCAUCUCCGUGAGCGACAUUUGGUUCGUGGCCCACCACAUGAAGAAGCUUUCUACGAUGACAGGCUUGAUCCAGCACAUCGAGAAGGAUGGCGUGAUGCUCUCCAGCGGAGACUUUGUCCCCUGUGAUGUGGUGGUGGGCUGCAUUGGCUUUGAGCGUUCCAACUUUCUCUGCGAGUCCCUCACAGGGCGCUGUGAAGUGAAGACCAGCAACUACUUGGACCAGCACAUGAUGUACCUGGCAGAUGCAGAGAUUGACGAAGGUGCCUUCAACUCAUUUUUUGGCUCCUCCGUUUUGGAAUAUGGGAAAUUCUUCACCAACGUUUUCGUUGAGGGCCUGCUGCGGCCUGACAUCUUGGGUGAGCGACUCUGGGGUUGCGACACUGUGUCGGUGCCAAUUUCCCAAAGGAAGUGGAAUCAGUACAUUGCUUCCGCCAUGAAACUCAUUGAGACGGAUGAUCGGAUUGCGCUGCAUGCACAGCAGCAGGUGGAAGCCCGCACCAAGCACUUCUGGCGCACGCUGCCUCCAACGAGUUUCCUGGCCGUGAAUCGCAAAGACUGGGAAGAGCUGCACGAACGCCUCAAUGGAGGAGUUCCAGUGCCCAAGGAGCAACAGCUGCCGUACUUCUUCGAAGAGAUCCCUGCAUGGUGUUGAUUGCAUAGACGUGGUAUAGACCUGGCAGGCACCAAUCCCACCCCAUGGGAAAUACCAGUUGCCGGAUGCAAAUCCUUGCGUCCUUGCGACUGCGGCUUUUCAUGGGGUAUGUGAAUCGCCUGCCCCUAUCAAUGUGCCCUAGCACAUCAAUGCUUGCAUGACCGUUUCGCAAUCUGGACCACUAUAGCUAUCCUUCUCACUGUGCACACGUGUUGCCUGGUGAGAAGGGUUUAAAGCUGCACAGUGAAUUCGGCACAUGGCAAUUUUGGUGACUAGAGGAAGCACAGUGGCAGAAGGAUGAGCCUAGAUGC